GUGUCGGGAGAAUGUCGUCUCAGCAGUGCUGCAGUAUAUUCCUGAUAUUAGUAUUUCUAAUCGCCGCAGUGUAUUCAUCACCAAUUAUGCCUGGCAACAUACACACAAACAGUGUGCAACUAGACCGAAGAAACGAAAACCCACAGGGGGAAGACUGGAAAGCAAAAUUACUGAGUGCAUUUUGCAGGAUUGGAUUGUUCUGCACCAGGGAAGACGUUGCAAUUAUACAAGCACUUAACACUGGUGACAUAAGAAGGUUUCAUGACAGGACCCGGUCGGGGAAAAGAGCAAAUGUUCACCAGGGACCCAGGUACUCCACCUACGUGUUCACGAACAUUUCAAAAAAGUUUGCAUCAAAAUCGGACGCUUCUAAUAGUAUUGCGUGGUAAAUUAUUGUGAAACCAGAAGAGUAUUUUGGGAUUUAUAAUGUAUGUGACCCAUCACCCCCGCCUUAUUUGUUUAUGCUGACAAUCAUUUUUGGUAACCUUGAUGCACCGCACACGUUCGUUGGUCUGUCGGCCAGCAUGUUUUUUUAGGCGUCCUGAAGAUCUGGAUAUCCGCACUACG